AUGUCCAAGUUCACCGCGAAACCCACCCCACCCAAAAAGCCCGUUGAGCCCGAAUCGAGCGAAGAUGAGGCGGAGGAGGACUUUGAGGGUUCUGACAAGGAAGAACAGAAUACAGGUGGGAAACCGCCUGAUGAAGCGCCCAAGAAGACCUUCGCAGAUCUGGGUGUGAUCGAAUCCCUCUGCGAAGCAUGCACGAACCUGGGAUUCAAACAUCCAACACCGAUUCAAGAACAAUCCAUACCGCUGGCGCUUGAAGGCAGAGAUAUAAUUGGCCUCGCUGAGACAGGAUCGGGGAAAACGGCAGCCUUCGUUAUCCCUAUGUUGAUGGCACUCAUGGAGAAGCCACAGUCUCUAUUCGGCCUCGUCCUCGCGCCAACUAGAGAAUUGGCAUACCAAAUAUCUCAACAAGUUGAAGCGCUUGGAUCUUUAAUUAAUGUCAAAUGCGCUGUGCUAGUUGGUGGUAUGGAUAUGGUCGCUCAAGCUAUCGCACUCGGCAAGAAACCACAUAUCGUUGUCGCGACUCCUGGACGGCUGCUUGAUCACCUGGAGAACACAAAGGGCUUCUCCUUGCGCUAUCUGAAGUACCUAGUCAUGGAUGAGGCAGACAGGCUCCUCGACUUAGAUUUUGGACCCAUCCUAGACAAGAUCCUAAAAGUCCUUCCCCGCGAAGGUCGACACACGUACCUUUUCUCAGCAACCAUGAGCUCCAAGGUUGAGUCAUUGCAACGAGCUUCUUUGCACAAUCCCUUGAGAGUGAGCAUCAGCACCUCAUCUCACCAGACCGUAGCAUCUCUCCUCCAAAAAUAUAUCUUCGUGCCAUACAAACACAAAGACCUCUACUUAAUUCAUCUCCUAAACGACAACAUCGGCCACUCCGUCAUAAUCUUCACACGCACUGUCAACGAAACCCAACGCAUCGCCAUCCUACUCCGGACCCUCGGUUUCGGCGCAAUCCCUCUUCACGGCCAACUGUCGCAAUCCGCUCGUCUGGGCGCACUCUCCAAAUUCAAAUCCGGUAGUCGCGAUAUCCUCGUCGCCACAGACGUCGCCGCUCGCGGCCUAGACAUACCUUCCGUGGACCUCGUCAUCAACAUCGACCUCCCGCCGGAUUCCAAGACAUACGUGCAUCGUGUGGGUCGCACGGCCAGAGCGGGCAAGAGCGGGAAGGCGGCGUCGUUUGUUACGCAAUAUGACGUUGAGAUCUGGCUUCGGAUAGAGAAUGCGUUGGGGAAGCAGAUUGAUGAGGAGGUUAUUCCGAAAGAUGAGGCGAUGGUGUUAAUGGAGCGAGUGAGUGAGGCGCAGAGGGUGGCUGUUAGGGAGAUGAAGGAUAUUCAUGAGGCAAGGGGAAGGAAAGGGGGCAUGAUGAGGGGAAGGAAAGGCAACAGGGGGAGGGAUGAUAUGGAUAGGGAGGAGGGAUAG